AUGAGAAACGUUGUCAUUUCUUUGAAUUUAUUCUUGAAAAAGCCUUUUUACCAACCAACUUACGGAAAACUACUUCGAGUUGCUUAUAAACGGCGGAUUCAUGGAUUCACUGAUGGGCUUGAAAAUAUUAUCGAAACAAAAGUUUCUGAAACUGAUGUUAGUAAACGCAUAUCUGGUCAAGAGUUGACGUACAAAGGGAAAAAUGAGCGUGUCAUAUUUUCAGCCAAUCAAGUUAGUGUCAAUCGCCCGGUCGAAGAUAGGUGGAUGGCUUCUCAUUUUGGUGAAGGGGAUUUUAGUUCUCUUACUCUCAGCGAUCACAAACAAUCGAACGAUGAGAAAUCGGUUUAUGGUGGUACAAUAUUUACAGUUGUUGAUGGGCAUGGUGGACAUGCUUGUGCUCAUGCAGUCAAUUUGCUACACAGUGAUUACAUAAUUUCUGGUCUUCUACCUCCAAAAGUUUCUGAAGUUGCUUUACGAAAUCUCCACCAAAUUAAGGAGUUACGUACUCCGCGUUCAAUUUGUGAGUUGGCGGUCACAUUGUGGAUGACUUCUGGUGCAGUGGUUACCGGGGAAUCUGAACGUAUCGAGUUCGGUUUGAAAGCGGAUAUAAAUUCCAGAUUUCCCAAUCCUAAUCUGACUUCUAUGCAUAUUCAGCCUAGUGUUAGCUGGGGGCCUUGGGGUCCCUGGGGCCCUCUACCGUUGUCUGUUCGUGAUGCACAUACUGGACAUAUCAGUAAAUUUCUUGAAGAAUUACUGUCAACCUGUGAUGAAAGGGAGUUUUUCUUCAGUGAUAAUAGUGAGGGUGAUAUGAUUGAUCCAGAUGGGUUCAUUACUGCUCCAUUAAAUGCGAUUAAGGAAACUGUCAUGAAAUACUCCGAGCCUUCGUCUUCGUUAAGGCGAUCAGAAGAUCCCACUUUGUCCUCAGACUUCGAUCAGUCUGUUGAUGAUUUGCGCAACUAUGUAGCGGCUACUGCUUGGGCCCUGAGGAACGGUCUUCUUCGAAUGGAUCUGGAUAUGUCCUUGGCAGCAUGCCCUACUUUCCAUGGUCCUGUGUUAGACAAAGCUUUAUUACGUGUUGUGUUUGCUGGCUGUGUAGCAACCUCGGUCUAUAUACCUCGACAUCGAAAAGAAAUUUUUGCUGCUCAGGUAGGUGACUGUGGGGCUGUAAUUGGAAGUUAUUCACCUCCUUGUGAAGUUCCAGUUACAAUUCCAUCUUCGAUAGACAUCUACACUCAAACCUCUGGGGAAUAUACUAGAGAGCAUUGGGAAGCCAAGCUAUUGAUUCCUCCUCACAUAUCUGAAAAUGAAGCAGAUGUUCGGAGAAUUAAAUCUAGUCAUCCUGUCCAUGAAGCUGAAUUUAUAAUCCGAGAUGAUCGACUUCUUGGUGAAUUAAUGCCUUUACGUGCAUUUGGAGAUAUUCGUUUCAAAUGGUCAACAGAUGAUUUAAAGAACAUCGCACGCUUAUUGGAUCUCCCCCCUAAUUAUCCUAUUUCUCCACGUUUUUAUGCCAGUCCACCCUAUUUAGUCGCUACACCUCAAGUUUUGUGGAAACCUCUUUCUCCACUUUGUGAUCACUUCUUAAUCUUGGGGACAGAUGGCUUGUGGGAUAUGAUUUCACCAGCAGAGGCUGUGCAUGUGGUUGCUCGUCACUGGUAUGAUUAUAAAGGUAAUCCAUCUUGUGGUUCUGGGGAUACUGCUGCUAGUCGUUUAAUUCGAACUGCACUUGGUGGUACAGAAAUGAAUUCCGAACAAAUAGCCUUACACUUUUCAAUGCCAGCUUCUUUAGCUAGAUAUUAUCGGGAUGAUAUUACUGUUAUAGUCGUUUACUUACCUACUGCUUUCUGCGAUUCUUCGUAAUGAUUAAUUAUUACUUAUGUGUAAUUCAGAUUAGUUGUUUCUAUUUCAACUCUAGUUCUCAUCUGUCUGUACUCUUGUUUACUCUCCUAAAUAUCUUGGGUAUCAUGUGCACAGAAAUGAAUUAUUUCACACAAGCUAAAAAUCUGUAUGUUGACUAGUUUCUGGUGUUACUCAGCAAUGUGAUAAAUACUUUCCUAGUUUCUUUAUCCUCUGGCUUUAUUUAAUUAUCUUUUUUAUGUGGUAGCUCUUGUAAUCUAAAAUAGUCUUAGCUAUCACCGAUUAGUUAGCUGACCACUUAUUAAUACUCGAUGUAUAUUGAAACUGCAUUUAAAUCCUUUUAUAUAUAUUAUAUUACAUUAUUAAUUAAUCUAAGUUAUUACGAUUAUUUUGCUUUUAGUCACUUUCUUAUAGUAAACUUUCGCUUUGUAACCC